AUGACGAAUACACAGUUGAGUGGGGUAUUGCGGGAGAGAGACGCCUGCUGGGAGUACUGCGACAAGCUGGAUGGAAACAAGGUCAGGUGCAGGUUCUGUCACAAGGUUCUCAACGGCGGCAUCAGCAGGCUCAAGUUCCACCUGUCCCAGAUCCCCAGCAAAGGGGUGAACCCUUGCACCAAGGUGAAGGAAGACGUCAUUGACAAGGUGAAGGCCAUCAUCUCGGCCAAGGAAGAGUACAAGGAGUUCCAGCUUCUCAAGAGGCAGCGUGUAGCCGAACUAAAGCAAGAGUAUAGCAAUGAUCGUACCAAAGUAAAUCUUGAACAACAAAUAGGAAAGCAGUACGAGGUCUAUGUCAACUACUUUGAAGACCAUAAUUAG